ACAGGCUGAAUUAUUUCGUGUGGAUUUAGUGAGACAAAAGUCUUUCCCCAGAUUCCUUCCCCUCGCUGUUUGUUUGCUGGAGGUCACCCUUGCAGGUUGAGAGAUCUCACCCGGCUCAUCCUCUCAGGCCACAGUGGGUUUGGCUUCUCUGAAUGAUUCACCUGUUUUUCCUUUGAAACGGAGGCAAGGUUUUCACACUGGAGUCCAGGGAGACUCAACAAAAUGCCUUCAUUACUCCUGAGGCUCUCGGGUUCAGCUGCCCCUUUGUUCAGCUUGGUUCAAAACCUACCACUCAUUUCUGUGUGAUGAGAGGUUUUAGAGAGUCUCGGGGUGCCGUGCCCUGCACACUGUAAAUUGCAGGAUCAAAGCCUGGAUUAUCUCUUGUGGGCCCUGGAGGUGACUCACCAAUACCAUCAUAAGACAAUUUACUUCAAAACACCUACAAUACUUAGCUAAGUUUUACAGUUGUAUAACACCGUGGGUUGUUGAUUUGAUAUUUUGUCACUUCCUUUUUAUCCUCCUGCCUUUCUUCCUAAUCGUUGGAACUUAGUUUGUCAGUUUAUACCAAGCUGGAAUUUAGCUGGCAGGAUAAUUGGAUCUCCUAGCAAAAUGUCAUAUUAAGUAGGAAUCAUGGAUAAUGCCCCUGUAAAAUUAGUUAAUGGAAAAAAUGUUUAAUUGCUGCUUGAGUGAUAUUGAUCACAUGCAGUUAUUCUACCUCUGCAUUUCUAUGUUCCAUACCACUGGAACCUGCACAGUACAGGGACUUGUGCUUGCUCAGCAGCAGAAAUUCACACUUCUCCUUGCUGAGUGUCCCGAGGUUUCUGUGGGUCCUGACCUUGAGUUUAUCACGGUUGCUCUGGAAGGUGCCUCCAUCAGCACUUCCCCAAAUUAAGCACUUUGUGCUACCCUCCAGGUCACUGAUGAAGCCCUGGGGUGAGAUGAACCCCAAAAGAUUCCCUGCUGAUUACCAGCUGUCCUGACCAGUUACCUGACCCCAGGCCACUGGUUUCUGCCCUCUGAGCCCAGUGGUCAGGCUGGUUUCCAGCAGGUCUGACUGUGUUUGCCCAACCCACACUUCAGUGUGCUCACGGGAAUGAUGUCAAAAGCCUCACUGAAGUCCAGGCAGUUCACAUCUGCUGCUUUCCACAUUCCCCACAGCCUCUUGUCUCAGCCCAGAGGGCAGCUGUAAUUGUCAUCCUGUGACUGAUUAAGAUUCCUGGCUCUUUUUCCUCUUAUGUUAUUUCCAACUGAGGAGCUCAUAAUUUUCUGCUAUUAAUCCCAAAGAGCGUGACCUUGUAUUUCGCAGCACUGAAUUUCAACCCUUUUUUACUGUUCCAGUCCUCAAGGCUGGCAGCUUUUCAUCUUCUCUAGAGUACUAUGAUCCUUCCCUGUAUUUUAAAUGACUCUCAACUUUGAUGGCAAGUUGACUCAGAAUAAGGAGUUUGAGAAAUUACAGCAUGAAAGGAAGUAGACUUGGCAUGGACUUAGCUCCAGGGUAGUAGUGUUCUGUGUUGAGCUACAGAAGGAUUUUUAGUGAAAAAAUUUUCUUCCUUGCAAUCCCCAGUGCAUGGGAAAAUCAUUUCCAAAAGGUAUAUAGGGAGUGAAGGGAGUGUGACCUAGAAAAACUAGUAAGAUGCAUGUGUCAAAUCUAGUUAAUUUUUUUUACUAAUCAUACUGAUCUAUAUAUAUAAAAUGCUGAACACUUAUCCUCCCUGUGCUUGGCCUUAAGCCACGUUCUCCAUCAAAGGCAAAGAGACCCUGCUGACACUUUCCUGGUGAGUAAAUCAGUCAUGAGAGCAACAUAUUUCUUCUCUAACAAACAUAUAGAAAGCCAUGUAUCGGAAACUGGGACUCCUGGGUUUCCCAGAGCUCAGCAUAUUCUUGAAACAAAGGUAUCCAGGCUCCAUCCUGCUUUCUCCCUUGCCUGCCUGGCAAGCCCUCUGGUCUCAUCAUACUUCUUCUGUCCACCUUCAUCCUCUUUCCCAGUGCUUUUCCCAGGAGCACCGCAGUGAGUGGAGGCACAGGGUCUUUCACCCAGUCCCUGCAACCCACUCGUGCACUGGACCCUUCACAGCUGCCCAUCCUUCCUGCAGAGACAUUUCCUCUCUUACCAAAUGUGAAUGAGGCAGUGCAGUAAUUUUAUGCAAAUCCAUGUGCAGAUUAAAAAAUUAAUCAAAUUCUGAAAUUUUCAUUUAAAGAGAUUAGUCUUGAAAAAUCCCCCAUCUAAUCCUCCCAGAAUAGACACUUGGAACAAGCCUUCCCCGCUUUGUUUCCCUCCUGGGUUCAGCGCAUCUCCUGGAAAAAUUUUCUCGUAAUGCUUUUGGGACCGUGCGGAGCAGCGAGUUUGAGUUUCACCAGGCGAAUUAAAGUUGAUAUAUCAAAUGAUAAAAAAGAUGUGUCAGUAAGUGGGAGCAGGGGAGUUUGAGGCAGUAAAAUCCCAGCUCCGUUGUACUUCAUAGGUAAACUCCCCUGGUGAUACAGGAGAAAUGGGAGCACUGAGGCUCAGUGAGUCUAAUGUUAAUUUACGUACCGAAGAAGAAAGUCAUGCAGCAAGAAAAACGAGGAGCGAGAGAUGCUGCUAAAACUUGCUGUGUCUGGGAGUUUACUGCUGUAAUCUGUCUUUUAGAGCUCGAGCUCAAAAUUAUCCUCAGGCAACUGGGGUUUGAGCCAGUGCCAUCUCAAAUGUUUUCCAAGCCCCUCAGGGAUUUUGGAGCUGACCCCAUACACGGUGGGCCAGCCACCAAUCCCUGCCACACCAGGGGAAAUCCAGAGACAUCCCAAUGACACUAAAACUAAACUAAUUUAGGCCCCCGAAGAUCUCAGCUGAAUUAGACAUUCUGGUGCAUGAAUAUACAGCAUCCUCUGAUCUCGCAGCACCUGAAAUGCUCAGGAUGUGUCUGUGGUUGGGUUGGCCUGCAACAAGCUCAAUUACCCCGACUUCAAGAAAACCACAAGCCCAUGAUGCAAAUCCUUGAACAAACCCCCACCCACGGCACCUGGAAUAGCUCAGCUCUGCCCAGCGAUGGCAGACUGGCCCCUAGAAAGGAAUAUUUUUCUGUCUUUCAAGCAGCUGCCAUGGAGUGAGGUGUUGGCUCAUUUUUCUCGCUGCAUGGGCAUGGCCAGCUCAUUUGUUCACUGUUUUCCUCCCCAGUGUGACUCCGAGUUUAUGGCUCAGGCUCUGCCCCACUAUGUCCGUGCUUUUGGUCUCCUGCCACCAUCCAAUUUACUUGGCAGCUUUACUACGUUUCUGCCCCUACUGCUGGAUUGUUUCUGUCUCCCUCUGACUUUGGCUCCUUGCCUGCAGAAUUGCUUUAAUUAAAAAGUUAAUAAAAGCUCCAGUAGGAGAGGAUUUCUCUUAAACAACUCAUGCCCGCUGUGCCGUGUCUGGAGCUGGAGCUGAACGGAGCCGCCAGGAGGGCACGUGUGAGAGGAGCCACUGUUGCAGGUUGGAGGCUUCAGCUGUCCCAGCUCUGGAGGCCUUGCCAGUGCUGGCAGGGUGUGUACAAGCCCACCCCACAGCGCAAACUGGCUCAGCCUGGCCACCCUGUGCAGAAUGUCCCUCCGUGAGCACGCACUGUCCCUGUUCCGCAGCGCGGUGGGCACCGUGCGCCCGGCCCCAAUGAUGAAGAGGGCUCUGAAACUCCAGGGGGAUGGGUGCCCUCAGCUGCUGGUGAAGGGCCAGACCUUUCCAGUGAAGAGGGGCCUGUACCUGGUGGGUUUCGGAAAAGCUGUGCUGGGGAUGGCUGCAGCAGCAGAAGAGAUCCUGGGAGACCACCUGGUCCGUGGGAUCAUCAAUGUGCCACUCGGCAUCCAGAAGAGUCUGCAGCAAGCAGGAAUGCAGGAGAUGCUGCUGAAGCCACACAGCAAAAUCCAGGUCAUUGAAGGUGCCAAGAACAACCUCCCAGAUGCAGAGGCUCUGAAGGGGGCUGUUGCCAUACAGCAGCUGGCUGAGGGUCUGACUGCAGAUGACCUGCUCCUUGUGCUUAUCUCAGGGGGUGGAUCAGCCCUGCUGCCUGCUCCCAUCCCUCCCAUCCUCCUCGAAGAGAAGGAGAAACUCACAAAGACGCUGGCUUCCCGAGGAGCUGCCAUACAGGAGCUGAACAUUGUCCGGAAGACUCUGUCCGUGCUGAAGGGUGGAGGGCUGGCCCAGCUUGCACAUCCUGCACGGGUGGUGAGUCUCAUCCUGUCUGAUGUGAUUGGUGAUCCCCUGGAUAUCAUAGCGAGUGGGCCCACUGCUGCCAGCUCCCACAGUGUCCAAGACUGCCUUCAGGUACUUGUCAAAUACAACCUGCUGCACAACCUGCCCAAGUCAGUGGAAACUGUCCUCUCCUGCUCUCCCACCAAGCCCACUGCUCCAGAAAACUACUCCCAUGUUUCCAACAUCAUCAUUGGGUCAAAUACACUGGCUUUAGACGAGGCCAAACGCCACGCUGAGGGCCUGGGCUACGCAGCUCUGGUUCUGAGUGCAGCCAUCCGUGGGGAAGUCGGCCGUGUCGCCACGCUGUACUGCCAGCUGAUCCGGCUGGUCUGCCUGGGCCUCGCCGGCCUCGCAGAAGGGCCCCUCAGUGAUGAGGUGAGGGGCGAUCUCCUGCAGCUGGUGGCAGAGCUGGAGAUUCCAGGUUUGGACCUUGACAGGUUUCUACAGGCCAUGCGAGGAUUAGGGCCUGAAAGACCAGUCUGCAUCCUGGCCGGCGGAGAAACCACAGUCCAGCUUCAAGGAAGCGGCAAGGGAGGGAGGAACCAGGAGCUGGCCCUGCGUGUGGGGCUGGGGCUGCACAGGGCACAGGCCAUGGAAGGCAGCAGCCCCCAAGGGAGGUGUGAGAUCAUCUUCUUCAGCGGGGGAACGGAUGGGCAGGAUGGGCCGACGGAGGCAGCAGGAGCCUUCUGCAGCCCAGGGCUGGUGGCUGAGGCGCUUCAGGAGGGCCUGGACGUGGAGGCCUUUCUCAGGAACAAUGACUCCUACACCUUCUUCAGCCAAUUCCAAGGUGGGCGUCACCUCCUGGUGACAGGCUUGACUGGCACCAAUGUCAUGGACAUCCAGGCCAUUUUAAUUAGAGCCAUAGAGAGAUCAUGAGAGCUCCCUCUGCAGAUAUCCAGAUGCACUUUAUUAGAACCAGGGGCAAAUGAAAGCAUCAGCACUGCAGACAAAUGCAAACUACUUAAAUUAGGGCUCACUGUCAAAGGUGCUGGUAUCUCACAGAAAGAAUUCACUAAUUAGACACAUGAGUGGAUGUCCAUAGCAAAAGCAAGCACUUGCAAUUGGGGGGAUCAGAAAAAGGUAAGAGGUCAUGUUGCAGACAAGGAAGCUGGAUUUAAGAUGCUUGUGACUUCAAGUGAAGUUGAAGACUUCACAUGCUUCAACUAUAGUUAAAAGAUGUGGGGAAGUUGCGGCCAUGGCAGGACUGCCAGGGAGAGCCCUCACUGCACUGUUGCACCUCCAGUGACCCCUGCUGAGGAGGGAGCUUUUGCAAGUUGACAGAAUAUCA